UUACUCCCAUGAGUAAAUUUUCAAGCGCGCGAUAAAAGUACAAACAUUUUUUAAUUUUCUCUAGAUAGACAUUAGUAUAUGUUAAUUAUUAUUUACCAUAACGCUUAGAAAGUUGGUUAGGAAACGAGAAUUUUUAUAUAGCAUGGAGCCUAUGACUCUGGGAUCACCAAUGAGUAGUCCUAUCCAAAGUUCUGGUACUCCAGGAGCUUCUUCAGCAUAUUUGCCAAGUUUCCUGUUGGGUGACACAAACACUCCAACAAAAGUUAAUAUAAUGAGCCCUCAAGAUAAUCCGCGCCAUUUAAAUAUCACCAAUGCCAGUCUUAUAUCAGCAGCUUCUUACGGAACUCCAGACUAUCGGUCCAAUCGUCAAAAGGCAGUAUUUGGAAACACUACAAGUCCCAAUACAUCGCAGAUGAGCACAAAGAAUCAUACCGGAGGGCCACCAACGCGUGGAUUGUUUGACAGUCUGGAAGUUUCACAGGUGUCAUCGCCAUAUGUAUCAACUACAAAUCCACCUGUCACACCUACACUUGCAAAUCAGUCCAGACUUAUGUUGAAUACGAUAAACAGUCCACUGCUGUUUCCAGACACUCCAAUAAAUUUGAGCACGAGCGAAUCACAGGGUUUGCUGCAAUGGGUAACCGUCUUUGGUUUUUUGCCGACUGAUAUCAAUGCUGUUCUAUCUCAUAUCUCCAGUAGAGUUCGCAUAGUGGACAAACACUCUGCUCCGCAGCCUCAAAGCAAUUGGAUACACUUGAAAUGUGCAUCGGAGCAGGAAGCACAGAGAGCUCUCACGUGCAACGGCAGUAUCGUUUCCGGCUCGAUUAUGAUUGGUGUCAUACCGUGCACAGAUGAGGGCGUUAUUCUAGGUUGCUCGGAUAAAGAGAAUCGUACUAAAUUGAAUGGAAGCAUAAGAUCACUUUCGACGGGCAGAAUCGAACGAGUUUCAAUGUAUAAUUGUAAUGUAUCACCUAUUACGAGACGACGAAAGUUAAGAUCUCUGGCUGCGGGUUAUAAUCAGCAUUUCAGUCCACAAGCUACGCAAACACCAGAGAAUGUUCCACAAAGAUCAACCGGUUUAGUUUCUAGAGCAAUGGAAUAUAUGUUUGGUUGGUAAUUUUUCUUUUCUAUCUGAUAAUUUGAUAAAUAUACUCUGUUUCUGAAUUUUAAUAUUAUUGGAUAUGUAAAAAAUUAUAUAAGAAAAGGAAUUAUAAAAGAUAUCUUAACCUCUUCUAAAAGAAAAUUUUUAACUCGAGCAUGAAAUUAUUUCUGGUGUAUUCUUAGAAUAAACUUUUUGAUAACUUUAAAAGUCAUUAUGAUCUCUCUAUGAUAUAAUGAAUAUGAUGUCUAUUACUUUUUUUAAAUACAUUACUACAAUAUCCAUAUUAUAUUGCAUUUGUGUACAUAUCUUUAUAAUUAUACAAAAUGGCUAAAAGUCAGAGACAUUAAUGUAUAAGACUAAUGUCUUUUUUUGGAUAUUAUACAUAUAUUACUAAUAAAUAAUGUUAUUAAUUCUAUA